CAGCGGCCUGGAACAUUUGUAAUCCGACGUUAGAAGUCAGCGGAUCGUGGCCCAAAAAAGUAGAGAAAAAAUAAACUUAGAUAAAUAAUAAAAAGUGUCCCAGCCAGCUGGUAAAAGAUACUGAUUCCUGACUCUGGACUUCGCGUGUGUGUCUGUGUGGCCAAAGAUUUGGAGUUACUGUUAGUUGACACUAAUACGAGAGCGAGUGAAAUACGAGAAAUUCAAGAAAAACCGAACGUGAAUCGCGAGUGCAAAAAGUAAAGAGAAUCAAAAAAUAAAAUAGUAAGCAAGAUCGCUUAAGAAUCCCAAGUCUUAGCCAAUAGAAACCUGAAGAAAACGAAACUGCAAUCUUGGUCAAAAUGGUGCGGUUAAGUGCAGCCUGGAGCUGCUUUAUGGCCCUGAUUGCGUUUGUUUCCGCUGCUGCUGGCUCCUCGGCGGAUUAUCCGGGUGUUAUCGAACUGGUGGGCUACAGCAAUCGCCGGGCACGCACCUAUUUCCAGGAGUCACCACGCUCCAAUCCCAAUCCCCCACCCGGCUUAACUUCGGCCAAAACCAGGGCGGACAUUGAGACCGUAAAGAGGAAUAUCCGGAAAUAUGAUCGCUUACUGGAGCUGGAUACAAAAAAUCUGCCUGAGCAGCAGAAGGAUAUGCUGGCCAGGAUUGUGGAGCGUGUGGCCAGGUUAAAGGAAUCUCUGGACAUUGAAGAGCAGCAGUUUAACCGACAGGAAGCCACAUCCUCAAGGAGCAGUAGUACCUCCAGUACCACUCCCCAAGAAACACAAACGGAAGCGGAAACGGAACGAGAUCAGGAGCAGUUCGAGCAGAGCACUCAGCCGCCAACUGGAGCCACCGAAGCUGAAACGGAUCCCACUCUAAUCCUAGACGAAACCACUUUGCUGGAACUACAAAAUACGAUGAACGAGCAGGCUGCCAUGAGUACCAUAAUGAAGGAGCUGCCAACGACCACGGAUGUGAGUCAGCAGGAAGUGGAAUCGGAGGCCACCGAUGAGGAGGGAGAGACCACUUCACCCAACCUGACCACCCAAUCGGAGGCAUCGACUACCAGUGAUGAAUCCCUCACCGAUUCCACCGAUCCCGAUGAUCAGUUUGUGGCUGCCAGAUCGAAUAACAAUAUAGCGGCCAUAACGGCGGCCGAUGAUGCCGAUGGCACCACCACAACCACCGCCAAUUCGGGCAGUCAGCAGCGCACCUUGACCACUAUGGGAAAACUAAAGAAUAGGGCCACCAAGCGACCUUUCGCCCACAAGGUCACCGCCGCCCUGAAACGCGGAGGUCAGCGUCCAAGUAGUGUCAGUGCAGCAGCUGCUAAUGCGGCAGCAGCCUCGAAACCAAGCAGCAGCACCACUGCCACCGCCAGUAGCACCACUCAAAAGCAAAAACUAGCCACCAAUAGCUUCCAGCAGAAGCAGCAGCAAUCGAAACCCUUGCAAAAGGUGACACCCUCAAUUGGAGGAGGUUCCUCAUCCAAUCCGUCUUCUUCGUCAAUUCCUUCAGCUACCACGAACUCAGCAUCUCCUGCUUUGCCCAUCGAGCAGAUGUAUACCCGUACUCCUCAGGCUAAUAUUCCACUGGCUGCAGCGGCAGCAGCAGCUGCCUCUUCAUCCGCAGCAGCAGCUGCAGGAUCCGGUGCUACUCCUGCCACUUAUAGCAACCAACAGGAUACCAUGGUCUACGACGGACAUGUCAAUGCUUCGGCCUUAAUCGACAGCCUCAACACGAACGCUAGGGAGGAGUACUACCAGCAGAAACUUGGAGCCGCCAAUAAGGAUAAUAAGAAAACGGCGACAGCGAAACCAACGAAAUAUCAUUAUUAUCCGCACAAUCAGCACAUCUAUCUGCUGCCCGAGUGUGCCAUUCAACAAGUUUGUAAUGCCGUCUACGUGAGACUGAACUACACCCAACCGCUCUGUGCCUGUCCAUCAAGAUAUCGUGAUCCCUGCUCGGCCAGUCUGAAUGAAGAUGAUCAGCAUACCACAAAAUUGGUUGGCGAUAAUAAGAAGAAGGCCAUAACGUUGGCCAAAACCUGCGAGGCCACCACUGAAAUGCGCGAAUGCCGUUCACCCAAGGAUUGGUCCCUUCUGGCGCUCCAAAACACACGAACUGGCAAAUCGCACUACCUGGUCAUCUGCCGUUGUCCCGAUCACUUCAAGAUGGAGGGACCCAUGGCUCAUGACCAACCCACUUAUGCCAGCGUGCCCGGAAUCCGAGUCUUUGGCAUGAUGUGCGUGAAACCAGGAUACUCGGUGCGCAAGCCCAGCAACCAGCCACCCAAGAGGUAUCAAUUACAGAAGCCCUUCUAUCGUCCAUCGGUCGGAACUACUGUCGGUGGUCAGAAGGAUAGUUAUGGAAGACCCAUCUACGGCGGUGGCAGUUCCUCGGGAAGCUCUGCCAUUAGCUCCAACUACCAGCCGCAGGAUCAGAGCUUCCAGAAUGGAGGAAGCAGUUCGUAUCAGUACCUCAACCGACCGGAGAGCAGCGGUAGCCAUAGCUCUGCCAACUUCCGUCCGGAUCAGUUCUCGAUAAACAACUUCCCCGGAAGCAACUACGGAAGGAACAACGAGAGACGCGGUGAUUUACCACCAAUUGAGGCAAUUUCGAGUGGAUCGGGAACUGGAACCGAGGAGCAACCGAGCAGCAGUACUCCUGCGGGUGAGGAGGAGGCCAGGACCACUCUGCAAGCGGAACAGGAAGCAGAACCGGCGGCUCCAGCGGUCCCCGUGAAUGCAGAACUAACCACCACGGCGGAGGAAGCUCCGAUAGAAAGUCGGGCCAGGCGAUCGCUUCCCGAAACGGACGACUUUGAACCAGAAUUCCCGUGGGAUCGUGUCGUCGAGUUCCAGCAGAGCAUCAUUUGGGACUAAGAGUUCCGGGAAUACCAACCAAUCCUAGUAGAUAAAAUUUUAAUAGCACAAGGCGACAUUUCCGGCGACUAUAAACUGUGCAAAAAACAACUGUGACUGAAGUAAUGAUGAGAGAACGGCUUCGAGAAAGCAUAAAGUUCACGUCACGUCACGUAACGUCUAGCGUAGCGUAACGUAAUUAGCUAAGCUUUUCUUAAUUUAAAACAUGUUUUUAGGCAUUUCCCUUGGCAUUUCUUCCCAGCAUUUCUUCUUAACACCCGCCCGCCCCCUCUUAAUUUAUAUAUUUAUACAUGUAUUUAUUUACAAAACAAUUUACGAAUUAAUUAAACAAUUACACGUGCCCGGGCGCGAUCGCAUUAAUUGUUUAAUUAAUUUGUUUUGCAUUUAAGCGUAAACAAGGCCUCAACUUUUUAAAAUAAUAUUUAAAGAUUUAAACGAAUAGUUUAGGUGCGAAACUGGAAACUAUUUUAAAAGGAAACAACUAAACAAAACGAUAAUUAAAUACAAAAAACCAACACCGAAAUUAUUUAACCUAAAUUUAGUUGCUUAUUUAUGUUUAGACCUAAGCUGCAUUUACUAGUAGUUAAAUAAAUACUAUUUUAAAAAUACAAA